AUGUCUGUUGAAGCUAAAAAAGUGACCCAACCAAAAUGGCACACCCCAACACCGGUGACCGAGCAACCUCAAUUGAAGUUGUACAACUCAUUGACCAAAACUAAGAACCCAUUUGUGUCGAUCAAGCCAAAUGAGAUCAAAUGGUACUCUUGUGGUCCUACCGUUUACGACUCAAGUCAUAUGGGCCAUGCCAGGAACUACGUGACUAUUGAUAUCAAUAGAAGAAUUUUGCAAGAUUACUUUGGAUAUAACGUCACAUUUGUGCAAAACGUUACCGAUAUUGAUGACAAAAUCAUCAUUAGAGCCAGACAAAACUAUUUGUUUGAAGAAAAAAUUAAAAAACAAUACAAGACUGUCACCGAUGAGUUGGUAAAAUAUACCCAAGAAUCUUUGGUCGAAUACAUCAAGAAAAAUGUCAACUUGAAUAGUGUUGAAGAAUUAAACAACUGGUUGGCGACUUCCAAAACCGAAGAACUUGCUGCGAUCAACCCAAAAUACCCAAUGUAUUACAAAGCUUUACAAAAAGCCACGGAAUCAAUUAAAUAUGCGAAAACCAUUCCAGUGGAAGAAUUCUUGGCUAACGUUCAGGAUAUUGUGGUUCCAAAAUUGGAUCGUGAGUUGGGUUCAUCGGUGGUUGACCCUGAAAUUUUCAAGAGCUUGCCAAGUUAUUGGGAAAAUCAAUAUGAUAUUGACAUGCAACAAUUAAAUGUUUUACCAGCUGAUAUCAAAACUAGAGUCUCCGAGUACGUUCCAGAAAUUGUUGAAUUUGUGGAAAAAAUCAUUAGUAACGGGUUUGCUUACAAGACUGCUGAUGGUUCAGUUUACUUCAACACUAAUGCGUUUGAAUCCAGCGAUAAGCACAGCUAUGCCAAAUUGCAACCAUGGAAUAAAGGUUCUUUGUCGUUGAUUUCCGAAGGUGAAGGUUCAUUGACCAGCAACGCCGGUGGGAAGUUGUCACCAAAUGAUUUCGCACUUUGGAAAGCAUCCAAGCCAGGUGAACCAGCUUGGGAGUCUCCUUGGGGUAAAGGUAGACCAGGAUGGCACAUUGAAUGUUCUGUCAUGGCUUCCGAUGUUUUGGGCGAGCAAAUGGAUAUCCAUUCUGGUGGUAUUGAUUUGGCAUUCCCUCAUCACGAUAAUGAAUUGGCACAAUCUGAAGCAUUCUUUGACAAUAAGCAAUGGGUGAAUUAUUUCUUGCAUACUGGCCAUUUACAUAUCGAAGGCCAAAAAAUGAGCAAGAGUUUGAAGAAUUUUAUCACCAUUCAAGAAGCUUUAGAAAAAUACAGCGCCAAGCAAUUGCGUUUGAGUUUUGCGUUGAUUCCAUGGAACAAUCAAUUAGAUUUCAAGGACACCUUGUUGAACCAAGUGAAAUCUAUUGAAAACACAUACAAUAAAUUCUUUCUUAAUGUUAGAUCCAUCAACAGUGACAUUCAUGAUAGAAUCAACAAUGGGGAAAUCAUUAGUGAGAAAUUCGGAGAAAGCGAGAAAAAAUUGUUGGAAGAUUUGAACACUGCCAGAGAUCAAGUACAUGAGGCCUUCUGUGACAACUUGUCGACACCUACAGUUAUCAAGGUCAUUAGUGAAUUGAUCAAUACCACCAAUUUGUACAUAGCUAACAACAGUGAUAUGAGAAUAAGACCAGUUGUGGUUAUUGCAAAGUACAUCACCAAAAUUUUGUCGAUCUUGGGUUUUGAUGCAAGAGCUGACUCCUUGGGUUGGAAAACUGAAACCGAAGGGUCUUCUGGUGGUUCUGAGUCCGAAGAAAUUAAAUUACAAUUUGCCAAGACCAUUUCCAACAUCCGUGAUGAAAUCCGUAAAUAUGGGAUUGAAUCUAAGAACCAAGUUUUGUUGACUUUAUCUGAUAAGAUUCGUGAUGAAGAUUUGCUCAACUUGGGGAUAUCUAUCGAUGAUAGAACCGAGGGCAAUGGUCUCGUGAAGAUUUUGAAUAAAGCAGAACAAGAACAAUUGAUUAACCAAAGAAAUGAGAAAUUGCAAAAGAUCAAAGAAAAGGAAAAGAAGAAGUUAGAGCAACAAAGAUUGAAAGAACAACAGGAAAAGGAGAAAUUAGAAAAGGCGAGUUUGAAGCCUCAGGAUAUGUUCCAGGAUAAGUCCAAGUAUUCUGAAUGGGAUGCUGAAGGUAUUCCUACCAAGGACGUCAAUGGUGAGGAAGUUACCAAAAGUGCGAAAAAGAAGUUGGUCAAGCAAUGGACUGCCCAAAAGAAGCUACACGAGCAAUAUUUCCCACAAAAUAACUGA